CCAACCAAAUCAACUCAACUCCACGUAUUUAAAUUCAAAGUGUCCUUCCCAACUCCUGACGUUCGUGGAGUCCAGUCAGCGUUUGCGUUAUCCGAUUUUAUUAUUCUUCUUCUACCGUAAAAUGUUCCUGAAUGCCCUGCGAAGGAUGCGCUGCCUGUGCGGCGACAGGGAGAUCAGUACCGAAGACAUUGAACAGAGGGAGCCGGUAAUGCUGAACAUCUACGACCUGUCCACCAGCAACAACUACACUUUUCCGCUGGGCUUGGGUGUCUUCCAUUCCGGCGUCCAGUUGUACGGGCGAGAGUACGCAUUUUUGGCGCUCAAUCUCUCCAUUUCCGGCAUCUUUGAGAUUCAUCCCUGCAAUGGGCAGGAGGAGUUGGGCGAACACUUCCGUUUCCGGAAGAGCAUUCUGCUCGGCUACACCGACUUUACCUGCGCUGAAGUGAAGCGCGUUAUCAACCUGCUGGGCUUCGAGUUCCGCGGGACCAGCUACCACUUGACCAGCAAGAAUUGCAACCACUUCUCCAACUGCCUGGCGCAUCUCGUCUGUGGCCGUAAAAUUCCGCGUUGGGUCAACCGCCUGGCCUACCUCAUAACGUGUGUCCCAUUCCUCGAACGCUUUGUGGUCUCCAGUCCAUCACAUUACCCUCACUUCCGUCAAUUUCAGCUCUAAUCUUAUACACAUAUAUAUAUAUAUAUAGAUAUCGCUUG